AUGUUUGAUCAAAAAUGUUUCUUUUCAAGCCAAGGGGUUUGCAGCAAUGAUGUCGUAGCAUUAUCUGAUCUUCGAUAUGAAGAAAAUAAUAUGAAAUGUUUUCCAGGUGCAAAUACACUUACUGAAAUUUUAUUGCUUUCUGACGAUCGUUUUUAUCAAGAUCGUCUCUCUUUACAUUCUACGUUUGUUUGUUCUGAGCACAAAGAAAAGCUUCUGAAAAAACAUUGUAUAUUAUCUUAUAGAAAAUGCUGGUUGUGUAUAUUGCUUCAGAAGGCAACACCUAAUGUAUCUGAACGUAAUAUUAAUCCUAUUCAAGCUUUAACUAUUUUUGAACAAUUCAAUAUUCCUCACUAUUACGGCAAAGCAAUUUGUGGUAGUUGUCGAAAGUCCUUAACGGCACAUAAUGAUAUUGAUAAGAUUGUAAAACAUAAAAAAGCUUUCGAAUGGCUCGCUGAUGCCGCAUUUAACGAUAAUGACACUAAUGAUACUCAGUCUCAUGAUAGUUAUGAAGAAUAUCUUUUGAAUUCGUCACCAAACAGCGGUAUUGAAGCAACAUUAAAUCUAAAUAAGAAAAAAAGAGAACUAUUGAAUGAAUUUUUGUACUUAUGUGGAUCAAAAGUGGAGAUAAGAACGACUAAUGCAUAUCACAAACUUCAAAAGCAAUCAAGAGCAAAUUUCCUCGCAUCAGCUCGCAAUUUAAUUCAACAUAUUAUGAAAUUUUUAGCUCAAGACGAUUCAAAUGACGUGAAACAAGAUUUGUUCUUUUUUGAAAAUGGUAACUCUAAUAACGUUCCAAGAUUUCGUAGAAUGUCUUUUGCCAUUGUAGAGUCGAACACAACUGUGUAUGAUCGUCAGCUGGUACCUGUCAUGAAUGGCAUAGCCGAAGCUUAUGAGAAUGCUGAAAAUUCAUAUACUCGUCGAUCUAUAUUAUCAAUUGUAGCACCUAAAAUAAAUUUCUCAAUUAUACAAUCAUUUAUACCGAACAUUACUUAUUACCGAUUUCUUGCUGCUCGAUUACAUGCUACCAGGGCAGGUUCAGGUGCGUUAAUUGAACGUCCUCCUCGUAUUGUUUGCCGAUUCGAACCAGCGCAAGUUCAACAUUUUAUCGAUUUUAUUUUGAGCAAUUAUGUAUGUACGGACAUUCCGUUUGGGGACCGAACACUUACAUUAUCUAAUGGCACAAAGUUACAUGUUCCUGAUACAAUCAGAAAUUUUGAUUCCACACGUAUUAUAAUGCAAUAUUACAAGUAUACUACAGAAUAUUUUCCUGGAUUUUCUGUUUUGCAAGAAUCAACUCUAUUUAAAAUUCUGUCUGAAUGCAAAGCAUCUACUAGAAGAGCAGCUAGCGGCUUAAAUUACUUUGCUGCUAACGGUAGCGAAGCCUUCGACAAUAUUAUAGAGUUAAUUAAUGGUCUUAGUAUUGAUGCAAGUGAACGUUGUCGUCUUGCCAAUAACAUAAGAAAAGGCAAACAAUAUUUGAAAACGGACUUCAAAACCAACGUAGCACGUACAUCACGUGUUCCUGAGCAUUGUAUAUGUUUUUCGCUCAGUGAUCCUACGUCCAUGGCUUUUUCAAUACCAUGUUCUGACCAUAAACAUGAUCAAGUAUGCUCUGAGUGCUUUUAUCUCGCACAAGCAUUACAAGAUAGCAGUCGAGCAAUCGAAAGCAGUAUAAAUGACGAAGAAGAAGUUAAACGAAAAAUUUACAAGUUUACUCUUGCUUAUGAUGCUAUUCAAGCUUGGAAAUCCCAUCAGUUACGGUCUGUUAAUCAAGAUCUCGGAAGGGAGUGCGUUUUAGAUGUUUUGGGUGAAGAUACAAUCUACUUGAAUUUAGAUUUUGCCAUGAAAUGGCUUCCUGUAAAAUAUAGGGAAGAUCAAACAAAUUUUUUUGGAAAGCGAGGAAUAACUUGGCACAUCACUGUUGUUUCACGCAAGAAAGAACAAGAGUUGAACAAUAUUACUCAGAUUAAUUAUGAUCAAGAAGAUGAAAUUUAUGUUCAAGGUCAUCAACAAGCUCUCGUUGAUGAAGAUAAUGACGAAGAGAGUGAAAUUGAUCGUGAAUAUGAAAAAAAUUCGAACAAUUUCGAACAUACAGUAUUUGUUCAUGUGAUCGAUCAAUGCUCACAAGACAGUAAACUUGUCAUCGCAAUCAUUGAUGAUGUAUUGUCAAGAUUAAAAGUAUAUGAUAAUUCAAUUCAACAAGCUUGUAUUCGCUGUGAUAACGCUGGCUGUUAUCACAGUGCUUAUACAGUAUUAUCAAUGCCAACCGUUUCCGAGAAGUGUGGGAUAGCAAUACGAAGAAUGGAUUUUGCUGAUCCUCAAGGUGGUAGAGGCUCUAGUGAUAGAUAUGCUGCUAUUAUAAAAUCUCAUGUGAGACGUUAUCUAAAUGAGAAACACGACGUUACAAAUGCCGAACAAUUCGUCGAAGCCUGUUUAUCAUAUGGCGGAGUGAAAACUGUCAAUGUUGUCGAAUGUCAAUUUAAACCAGUUCAUCAAUCGGCCAAAUUUCAAUUCAACAACAUAAAGCAGUUUAGAAAUUUUUGCUUUGAACGUCAUGGCAUUCGAGUAUAUCGAGCAUGGGAUGUUGGGGAGGGCUCUCUACUACCAUAUAUCAAAUUAAUCAAUGGAAAAGUGACUAUCGGAUCGCUUGAUCUAAUUAAAUCAUCGCCUGAAAUAAUUUUUGGUUCGUCUGCCAACAACAAUCUGUCAUCUUCUAUAGAUGAAUCUCUUAACGGUGAAUGUACUGAAUCGAUCGAUCAAAUUGCCAACAUAUUUGAAUGUCCAGAGGAGGCUUGCAUAUCCUCAUUUGUGAAAUAUGGAAAUCUACUUAGACAUCUUGCAGUUGGUAAUCAUCGUCAUAUACCUGAAAAAGUAACUUUAAUGGACACAGCGAAAAAAAUGUUUCAUUCAAGAUUAGCAAAUGCUGACAAUAAAAGAAUUAUUUCAUUGUCUCCAAAUGAUUUUGUAUUUGAUUCGAAUAACUGUGAUCAAGUGCCUGAACUCACUGUCGGAUGGGCACUUCCGGUGACGCGUCCUCCUGUUCGGUUUACUAACAAGCAAAGGAAAUUUUUAGAUGAAAAGUUCAACGAUGGAAUUUUAUAUGGUCGCUUCUGGAAACCAGAAACCGUUGUUAGUGAAAUGCAAAAUGCUAAAUCAUCUCAAGGAAAAUUUAUAUUCGAUAUCAACGAAUGGUUAACAACCAGCCAAGUACGUGGUUACUUCAGUCGUAUUCGAUCAAUCAAGACCCAAAAGAACGCUCAACUUUCAUCUUCUACUGCGUCGAAUCAUGCAAUUUAUACAGAAAGUGAACAAGAAGAAGGACAAGACUUGGACGAAGAUGCUAGCGCUGAAGAAUCUCUCAAAGAUGAUGUAGCAGUCGACGAAGCCAUCGAACGAAUUACAUUUAUGACACAAACAAACCAAGUCGUAGAAAGAGCAAGCAAAGAAAAACGUCCAUUAUCAUCAGUACAAAAUGAGCAAAAUAUACCAAAACGUUCGACUAGUUCACAAAGCCGAAAAUAUCAAUAG